AUGUGUUUGGUCUCGGAUAUUUUUGUUCAAGCGGAUAGCCUCACUUCGGUCCAAUGGUCAUGGAAAAGGGAACCGGGUUCGGACGUUGAAUUAAGGGAGAUGCAGGAGCUUAUGGAAAUUAUUCGAUAUGUGUCUCUUAACAAAUGUAUAAAUGAUUGGAGAUGGGAAGGGGAUACAACUGGGUGCUUCACGGUAGCUGCAGUGAGAAGGUGGCUUGUCGAAAAUAAUGCAGAAGGUGGUGAUAUAGUGCUCGAUUGGUAUAAGUGGAUACCAGAUAAAUGUAAUAUAUUUAUGUGGAGAGCUUUGUUGGACCGUCUUCCUACAAAAACGACGUUAAGUAGAACGGAUAUUCACAUGGAAAAUACAUUGUGUGCUUUCUGCGAGGAUGGAGAGGAAACGGUGGUUCAUGUAUUCACUGGAUGUGGUUUUUCGAUGGGGGUGUGGGAUGCUAUUCUAAGAUGGUGUGGUAUUCCUAAUUUUUUUGCAUUUAGCUUAAAAUAUGUGAUGGAUAUGCCUAAGAUAAACGGAUUGUCCCCUGUGCGAAAGGAAAUUAUUAGAGGGGAAGUUAGUUAUAACUUGUUGUUGGAGGAUUUGGAAAGUAAGAAAUGA